CAGACUUGUAUUCUUCGGAUGACCUCCAGUCAACCUUGAGGACCUAUAAACGGUCUACCGAUCGUCAUGAAAGUGGUUUUGCAACCGACUGAGCUGAUUGGUACUGGCUUUGUUUAGUUGUUAAUGGUGCUGUUAGUUCUCGUCCGUGCAAUAAAUUCACUUGGAAAACUAGGACAUGAGGUUUACUUUGAAUGCGGCACAGAUGAUUUAAAGAUCAAAACAGUCAACGCCACGAGGUCUUCUUUUGCUUCAGUUCAUUUUAGGGAAGUGUUUUUCGACAAGUUCUCAAGCCCUUUACCUAGCGGGUCUGUGCAACGUUUUAAAAUCCCUAGUAGUGUAUGGUGUAUUAUUCUCUGUAAUUUCCAUAGUCAUGUUCUAACGUCUUCAAACUUUCUUCCGCAAUGGAGAGAUCCGUUCUUAAAUGCAAGAUGUUCUUAUCAUCCCAGGAUACUGUUCUGACUGUUCAAUACUUCUGUAAAUUCGGAAUCGUUAAGACGUAUAACAUGUCAAUCAUCGAUUGUGAACAGUUAGAAGCUGUUUACUCAUUAGAAGAAAGCGCUAAUCAUUUGGUUAUAUCAGCACGUUUACUGGGAGAAAUUAUCAACAAUUUUCGCCAGUCUUCUGAAGAGCUAACAAUUCUUUUAGAUUCGGGGGAAUGCACUUUUCAGAAUCACACAUUUGAAACAGGUCCCUCUAUGAUAACAACACAAAUUCCUUUGAAUGCUACUGAAUUUGACGUCUACCGUGUCCAUUCAAAAUGUGAAGUCACAUUCUGCCAAAAGGAAUUACGGGUCAUUUUAUCAUUCUGUGAGUUGAUUUCUCCUAUGAUAAGAAUUUAUUGUGAUCGACCGGGCAAACCUAUAAUUUUUGCUUGUACUCACGAGACAAGACUCAGUGCUCGGUACGUAUUUGCGACAUUCCCUUCAGAUGGAUCUUCACUUCCAAAUUCCCAGCGCUCUGAGUGUAGCCGUCGUUUGUCAUCAAGCAGAACUCCUGUUCCACUACAACAUAUAAGUACUUUAUCGACGGGCGAAAACCUUCAAAGUGAUGAUACUGUCCUGGUGAAUAAAGAAAGUAAUCCAAAUGUUUUAUCAUCCAGAUGUAUGUUAUCUCAAGAAAAUGACCAUGACACUCAAAUCUUACGGUCGGACGGAAAGUUGUCUUUUAUAAAUAACGAAAAUAAUGCUCCAAAAGUAAACCAACCAGUGCUUAAUCCACACCAGGAUCACGGCCGUUGUGACGAAAUCCCUUCUAAAAAGAUUCGUUCUCUCCUUUUUUCGAAUUUCCAAACUAAAGAUAAUUCCAGUGUAUGUAAUUUAAAAGACAACACAAAAACAGUUGUGCUAUAUCAAAAUAGUUUAUGGGAUGGAACGGCAUUGAAAGAAAAUGUUCUAAGUUCAACAGUUAUGAAUCAGGAAUCUACAUUAGGCGGACAGACUGUACUUGUUGCUGAUUCAGACGAUGACGAAUAA